CCCGGCGUGCUGCACCAAUAAAAAGCAUAGUAUGAUUAUCUUAAGCAGUAUAGUGAUGGUGUUGAUUCUUAAGCAUUUGAAAUUUCCAAUUUCAAUUUCAUAAGAAUAGUAAGAUGUAAAUAACUUCUAAAACUGCAUAAUCAAUCAUGUAUUUAUGAAUUUUUCAAGCAAAACUCUGUCGGAACUGUUAUUUUAUGGCGACGGCGACUGUAGCAGUGGCCGCCGCAGCUGCUUCUAAGAUUAUAAGAGGUUGCGGAUUUAGUCCGGCCGUCUGCAGUCGCCUGGGAAUCAAUAUGGUUCACAAUCGUUCAUUUAUUAUCAAGACCGUGACACCCUUUUCACCAAGGCACCAUCGCUUCUCCUGUUUUUGCACCAUUGCUAAUGUUAAUGUGAAUGAGGAAGAGCCCACUUCAGUUUCCGCCGGCUCUGCCACCACGACCACCGUGUCUGAAUCGGAAUCGAAUAAGGAUGAUGGUAGUGUAAGAGAUGCAGCCAAGAUGCUCGACAUAAGGAUUGGCCGAAUCAUGAAAGCUUGGAGGCACGAGGAGGCAGAUUCCCUUUACGUGGAGGAGGUAGAUGUGGGCGAGGCUGAACCUCGUAUCAUCUGUAGUGGGCUUGUUAAGUACAUCCCUCUCCACCAUCUCCAGGAUAGGAAAGUGGUGAUGCUUGCUAACCUUAAGCCCAGGAACAUGCGUGGGGUGAAGUCAAGUGGAAUGCUCAUGGCUGCUUCCGAUGCUUCUCAUGAGAAUUUUGAGCUCCUGGAGCCUCCUGAAGGUUCUAUUCCAGGGGAAAGGAUUUGGUUUGGUGCUGAAGAGGACCAACAAAAUCAACCUGAUCCUGCCACUCCUAGCCAGAUUCAAAAGAAAAAGAUUUGGGAAUCAGUGCAGCCUCAUCUCAAGACAGAUGAUUCUUGCGUGGCUAUGCUUGGGGAGCAUUUAAUGCGGUGUUUCACUACGUGGUACAAAUUUUUUCAUGGCUUCCUUUUCUUCUUCCUUGUCUUGCUCGGCAAAGUUAAUGUUGAUAUUAGAGUGCGUUUGCUGCAAAUUCCUGAUGCUCAUGGGUUUAUCAAUUGUGUUUUGUCCUUAUGGUGACUUAUCUUUGAAUUAUUUACGAGUUAGUUCAGACAGACUUCUUAUGUCAGGUUGUCAAUAGAAAAUGGAAUUAACCUUCUUAAGAAAAUCCUGUUAUUAUAGUAA